AUCUAUAACGAAGGGUUUCCAUUACUUGACAUUGAAGUUUGUUGAUCCCCAAAGAUAUCUAAAAAAUUGUGUUGCCAUAUUCAUCCCCUCAAAUACCUCAAUCCUUUGUUCUUUUCUCAAUCCACGAACUGUGUUAGAACAUCUUUUCCUCCCUCAAUGGAACGUGAGGAGGGGAAACAAUCUUCCCACAAGAACCCAUACAUUGAACUUGAGGAAGUCAACUUCGAUUUUAUUCUAGCAAUUGGCUUGCAAGAACAAGAGAGAGCAUUCACAAUGCUAGCAACUAUUGAAAGUGAAAGUGAUGAAGAUGUAAGGGACUCCUCUUUUGACAAUGAUGAUGGAGACCCUGAUUUUAUAGAGAGCCAAGAGUUUGAAGCCGACCUUCAGUUCCAUGAAAGUGAAGGAAGCAAUGAUGAUGAUGAUGAAAUGGAAUUGGAAGAAGAUGACAUUGAUCCAGAUGAAUUAUCUUAUGAAGAGUUGAUUGAGUUGGGAGAGUUUAUAGGAGAAGAGACAAGAGGAUUAUCAGCAAAUGAAAUCUCUUUGUGCUUAUACCCUUAUAAUUGCCAUUCUCCUGAAAGCAAAACUGGCAUUGAUCGCUGUGUGAUUUGUCAGGUUGAAUAUGAAGAAGGUGAAGCCUUGGUGGCACUUCAGUGUGAGCACCCUUAUCAUGCAGAUUGCAUAAGCAAGUGGCUUCAGAUUAAGAAGGUUUGUCCAAUUUGUAGCAAUGAAGUUUCAACUCCCAAUACCAAUCCUUGA